AUGAGGCGAGCCGCGUGGCGUCCGAGCCUUCGGCGCCUCUCGACGCUCGCGUACCGCGCUGCGGCCGCCGACUGCGUGCGCGAAGUACCGACGCCGCUCUUGUUCGUGGCUGCGCCAGCGUGGUCCGGCACGCCCCCGGCUCGUGAGCUGUACAAGCCGUGGCUCGAGCCUCUCGCCACCCGAGGCUUUUCUGUGAUGCUGCUGGACCUGGCGCCGGAGGUGCCGCCAGGCACGUCUGUGCUCGCGGCGAUGGAGCGCGAGAUGUCUGCGACGCUGGCCAAGCCGCCACAGGGCGGUCCGCCGCCGCCGUUCCCCCCUGCUCUGAUCGCGCGUGGCGCGGCGUGCGUCGUAGCGGAGGCCUACGCCUCGUCGUUCCCGCUCACGGCGCUCCAACUCGUCGAUCCGCCGAUCUCGAUGCAGCGCGCUACGCAGCGGUAUCCUAGCCUCUUUCCGUCGGCGCUGCCGGAGUUUACGUUCGAGGCGCAGUUCCCGGUGCGUGUGGCGUGGACGCAGCCUGAGCUGGCCUGGCACGCCGAGCAUGGCGUGCCGUGGUACGAGGUGCAUCGCAUCGAGCACGAGCGCGAAGAUGCAGCGGGCGAGUGCCUGGAUCGGUAUGAGUGGGCCUCGUUCGACGAGGGGCUGGACGAUACGAUCCGAUGGCUCGAAGACGAGGCAGGCUUCGCCCUACGACUCGAUGCGCCAGAGACGCCCACGCCGACGCGCACGGAGAGUGUCCGGGACGAGACAGCCGCACCUGCUGUGCCCGCGGGCACCGUCCCGGCCUGGUUCUCGGCGGGCCACUACGCGUUUGCUACCGACGGCUCGAAGAAACGGCCGAUCAUCCUCGACGAGCGCGACUUGCAAGAGCGCUUCAUUCGCGGCUCCGGACCAGGCGGCCAGGCCAUCAACAAGCUGUCUACGAACGUCGAGCUUGUGCAUAUACCUACCCACACACGCGUCACCUGCCAGCACACACGCAGCCGCCAGCAGAACCGCGAGAUCGCACGCCGACUCAUGAGCCAGCGCCUCGAGUGGCUCAUCAAGCAGUCAUGGCACCCGCGCGCCGGCGUCAGCGUGCUUCAAGCGCGCAUCGACAAGAUUCGCCAGCGAAAGUACCACAAGCGCAAAAAGCAGCACAGGUCCGUAGUGACAUAA